AGGUUUGCCCAGUUCUUCCUGUGCCCUCUGUUUGAUGAGAGCUGUAAGGACCGGGAGGUGAACGCUGUAGACUCUGAGCACGAGAAGAACCUGAUGAAUGACGCCUGGAGGCUGUUCCAGUUGGAGAAGGCCACCGGCAACCAAGACCACCCCUUCAGUAAAUUUGGAACAGGUAACAAACUGACCCUGGAGACCCGGCCGUGUAAAGAGGGGAUCGACAUCCGUGAAGAGCUCCUGAAGUACCACUCCACAUAUUACUCCUCCAACCUCAUGGGACUGUGCGUGUUAGGAAGAGAAUCAUUAGACGAUUUGACCGCCAUGGUGGUUAAGCUGUUUGGAGAAGUGGAAAACAAGAAUGUACCUGUCCCAGAAUUCCCUGAGCACCCCUUCCAGGAAGAACACCUAAGACAAUUCUACAGUGUGGUGCCUAUCAAAGACAUCAGGAACCUGUACGUGACGUUCCCCAUCCCGGACCUACAGAAGCACUACAAAUCCAACCCAGGACAUUAUCUGGGACAUCUGAUUGGUCACGAAGGACCCGGGAGUUUGUUAUCCGAGCUCAAAUCUAAAGGCUGGGUGAACACAUUGGUUGGAGGGCAGAAAGAAGGAGCCAAAGGAUUCAUGUUCUUCAUCAUCAAUGUGGACCUGACUGAAGAGGGGCUCUUGCACGUUGAGGACAUCAUCUUCCACAUGUUCCAGUACAUCCAGAAGCUGCGCACUGAGGGCCCUCAGGCGUGGGUGUUUGAUGAGUGCAAGGAUUUAAACAAUGUGGCCUUCAGGUUCAAGGACAAGGAGAGACCCCGCGGCUACACCUCCAAAGUGGCCGGUCUUGUACACUACUAUCCUCUUGAGGAAAUCCUGGCAGCAGAGUACCUUUUGGAGGACUUCAGGCCUGAUCUGAUCGAGAUGGUGUUGGAUAAACUGAGACCACAACACGUCAGAGUUGCAGUGGUGUCAAAGUCAUUUGAAGGGCAAACGGACAAGACAGAAGAGUGGUACGGCACAGAGUACAAACAGGAGGCCAUUUCUGAAGAGUCCCUUGAGAAAUGGGCAAGUGCAGACCUCAACGGCAAGUUCAAAUUGCCAAUGAAAAACGAGUUCAUCCCUACCAACUUCGAGAUCUACCCUCUGGAGAAAGACUCUCCGUCCGUCCCCACUUUAAUCAAGGACACUGCUAUGAGCAAGGUGUGGUUCAAGCAGGACGAUAAGUUCUUCCUGCCCAAGGCCUGCCUGAACUUUGAGUUCUUCAGCCCGUUUGCGUACGUGGACCCAUUGCAUUGUAACAUGGCAUAUUUAUACCUUGAGCUCCUGAAGGACUCCCUCAACGAGUAUGCAUAUGCAGCUGAGCUCGCUGGCUUGAACUAUGACCUCCAAAAUACCGUCUAUGGGAUGUAUGUAAUUGUGAAAGGCAAAAAAGAAAGA